UGCAGUAAUCUCGCCUGUUCUCUCCUUUCCAUUCACAUCACGUACUCUCCCCACAGCCAGCUCUCUCCUCUCAUACAGCCUCGUCCUACACUCUCUCACUCCCUUGCCCUUCUCGCUGUCUCCACAGACCCCUUGGAUCUCUCUGUCCCACCACUCUCCCGCAAUGGCCAGCACCUUCACUCGUGUCCUGACAGCCAGGAAAUCUGCCGGACUCCUGGCUAUGGUGGGAGCUGGAUCUGUGGCUGCUGGCUACCUAAUGACCAGAGACACCAUCAGUGCCGACACAGACAAAAGGAGAAGACUCUACCCACCCAGUGCAGAGUACCCUGACCUUCGGAAACACAACAACUGCAUGGCCAGCCAUCUCACUCCUGCGAUCUAUGCCAAACUUUGUGACAAGACCACCCCAACAGGAUUUACCAUUGAUGAGUGCAUCCAGACUGGAGUAGACAAUCCAGGCCAUCCAUUUAUCAAAACCGUAGGCAUGGUAGCAGGAGAUGAGGAAUGCUAUGAGGUAUUUGGAGAUCUUUUUGAUCCAGUUAUAAAGGAGAGGCACAAUGGCUACGAUCCAAGGGCCAUGAAACACCCAACUGACUUGGAUGCUAGUAAGAUCAAAGCAGGUAACUUUGAUGAGCGCUAUGUGCUGUCCUCUCGUGUUCGGACUGGAAGAAGCAUUCGCGGAUUGAGCCUCCCCCCAGCUUGCACCCGAGCAGAGAGAAGAGAAGUUGAAAAGGUGGCGGCGGAAGCCUUAAAUGGACUCAAAGGAGACCUAACUGGGCAGUAUUACAGAUUGAGCGACAUGACUGAUAAACAACAGCAGCAGUUGAUUGAUGAUCACUUUCUCUUUGACAAACCUGUGUCUCCACUGCUGACUGCUUCAGGAAUGGCUCGAGACUGGCCUGAUGCCCGUGGAAUAUGGCACAACAAUGAGAAAACCUUCCUUAUCUGGAUCAAUGAGGAGGAUCACACAAGAAUCAUCUCCAUGGAAAAAGGAGGCAACAUGAAGAGAGUGUUUGAGCGAUUCUGUCGUGGCCUGAAAGAGGUUGAAAGAUUAAUCCAGGAGAAAGGCUGGGAGUUUAUGUGGAAUGAGCGGCUGGGAUAUAUCCUUACUUGUCCAUCUAACCUUGGCACUGGUCUAAGAGCUGGAGUUCACAUUAAACUACCUCUGUUAAGCAAGGAUGCACGUUUCUCUAAAAUUCUGGAAAACCUCCGUCUGCAGAAGAGAGGAACAGGAGGAGUAGACACUGCAGCUGUUGGCAGUACGUUCGACAUUUCAAACUUGGACCGUUUGGGAAAAUCUGAGGUGGAGCUUGUGCAGCUGGUCAUCGAUGGAGUGAACUACCUUGUUGACUGCGAGAAAAGACUGGAGAAAGGACAAGAUAUCCGCAUUCCUUCACCAGUGGCUCAGUUCAAGCACUAACUUAAAGCCAUAUACCUCACACAUGGAGCAUCCAGGACCCCUAUUCACUAUGAUGAUAAUGGAUUUAAUAAUAUUAUUCUUUCAGUAUUGGGUUACUUAUUAUCCUAGUGAAUAAGGGGGGAAACAUUGCAAUAGAAGAUUAAACAUAUCUAAUUGUGAGCAUUGAUAAAUAUCAUCAAAAUAUUGCCACCGGUUCAAUAAAUGUCACUGCUGUCCUACA